AAAAUGUCACACUGUCAUUAAGCCACUCGGGUUGGGUUCAACCAGUGUUUCAUCGAUUGCCAGUAAAUUGAAGUGAUUAAUAAAUUUUUUAUUGCCUAAAAAAUGGGGAAACUGUUAAUAACUCUGUUAAUCGCGGUGGUGGGUGUGGUGACUGGUCAAGAAGAGACUGACGUGGCCAUGACCUUGUUUGCAACGGACCUGAACGGGUGCGACGAAUUGUCAGCCUGCGACACCGUUGUGAAGAUCAUGUGCGCCUCUGUGUCGUCGGAUUGGCGUCAAUGUGGAAUCACUGGUGAAAUGGGUGACGAUAACUUUCCAUUGUUUAAAGAACGGUUCAACUUUAGAUACGUCCCAUCGGAAAUGCAAAGGUGGAGAUUUGACCUGAUCGACAAAGAUGUACUUUUCGAUGACCCCAUCGGAUCAGUUACUGUUAGCAUGGCUGACUUUUUAAGAGCGACAGAAAUUCAGGCUACGAUGAUGUUUGAGCUUAAUGGAAGAAGUCGAUUUUACCUUCAUCGCAGAUCACUUUUAUAAAUGUAAAUUUAUUAUUUUCGAAGCAAUUAUACAAUAAAAAUCAUGUCAUCACAGCAA